AUGAGCGUGGCGGAGAGCACGACCGAUUACUGGAGCGCUGCCAAUCAGCCGUUCUAUCAAUCGUUUCGAAACAAUCAGUUGAUUGACAGCAAUCGGCAGGAACACAACGAGUUUUAUAAUUACCAACACUACGGCAACACCAACAGCAACCCGUUCCCUACAUCCUGCGAACUCUAUGGAAGCACAUACUCAACACCCACACAUCACGACCAACAACAACAGCAACAACACACACAUGCGCAACAGCAGGAAUAUUACAAAAGUUUCGGGUACGAGUACGAUUUGUACGCGAAUGCCAAGAAUACGAAGGACGGUGAGAACUACUGUCGGCAAGACGCUGACGAGCGAACGCGUCAAUCCGCACCGCAGCAACCGCUGACAACGAAGACGGGUGGAGGCUGUGAAUUAAAACCGGAAACCUACCUAAACACCUAUGACACUUGUCGACAAACGAUUUAUAACAAUUCGUCGCGUUCGAGCCCGAGCGCUAAUGAUCUAUCGUCCAACAACAACAUUGCAGCAUCGCCGAAAUCGUCAUCUACCUCGCCCAAGUCACCAUCAAUUUCGAAUGAUUCACCAGCGUUGAGAGCCUUGUUGAACACACCAAAGGACAAGAAAAUAGUUUACCCCUACAGCGCUGCAUACGGACGCACAGAGUCAAACGACAUCGACGUGCCGCAAGGCAGCCCCGAAUUGCCGAACAACUAUUACCCUUGGAUGAAGGCACCCAAUUCAAACGACAUCGGGGUGACUGCUGUUGUGGACGGUGAGGGUCGCGCUGGAAGCAAGCGCACCCGCCAGACGUACACCCGCUUCCAGACGCUCGAGCUCGAGAAGGAAUUCCAUUUCAACAAAUACCUGACGCGGCGGCGUCGCAUCGAGAUCGCGCACGCACUCUGCCUAACCGAGCGGCAAAUCAAGAUUUGGUUCCAGAACCGGCGUAUGAAGGCGAAGAAGGAUGGCAAGUUCGGUGCGGGCGGGCCGGUGCUGCCGGGUGGCGCGAUGCAGAUCGAUUUCGACGAGAUUGGAGAUUCGCCCGGCGCAAUUAGCGGCGAGCAAUGCCGUUACGACUACGACUACACCAAUCCCGGGCAUGUCGCAGCGAAUAUGCACGCUAAUUACUAUCGGGUGAACGAAAUUCAAGAGCGGCAUAUGACCACAUGCUAA